GGGCCAGUCGCGGGUUGUCAGAGCGGUAUCCGCUGGAGCGGUGCGAGUCUGCGUCGCUCUGUCUUGCAGGUCCCCAUCCCGAGUCAGGAUGAGAACGCGGGGGACGCAACGCCCUUGGAGGCGCAGGUAACCAAGCUGGGGUGUGGUGGGUCCGUGGCUGGGAUUCUUCCGGAACCCGUGGUGCUGAAUGGAGAGGACCGAGGCGACGCCGAGCCGCGGCUCCUAGCGGCUGCAGCUGCCAGACCAGGAUGUGCGGAAACCGGGCGACGCGGGGCAGCUGAGAGCCUUCGGGCCCUGGGACCCGCGGGGCCCGGAAUGAUGUAAAGAGGACAGCCGCGGGGGCCAGUUCCUACCGCCGCAGGCCCAGGCAGUGGCCGCCGCCCGCCCGCCCCUUCCGUAUAGAGGCCGCCAGCUGCUUUCCGCGCCCGCCCUCGCUCCCGGCCUUGGAGACCAUGAGGUUCCGCAUCUACAAGCGAAAGGUGCUGAUCCUGACACUCGUGGUGGCUGCCUGCGGUUUCGUCCUCUGGAGCAGCAAUGGGCGUCAGAGGAAGAACGAGGCCUUGGCCCCUCCGCUGCUGGAUGCCGAGCCCGCUCGGGGUGCGGGCGGUCGGGGCGGGGACCACCCCGCCGUGUCGGUGGGCAUCCGCAGGGGCUCCAACGAGUCGGCGGUUCCGCUGGUCCCUGCCGCCCCGCAGGCCGAGACGGACAACCUGACGCUGCGGUACCGGUCCCUGGUGUACCAGCGGAACUUUGAUCAGACGCUGAGAAAUGUAGAGAAGGCUAGCACCUGGGCCCCACGGGACCUGGUGCUGGUGAUCCAGGUGCACAACCGGCCCGAAUACCUCCGACUGCUGCUGGACUCACUUCGAAAAGCCCAGGGCAUUGACGACAUCCUAGUCAUCUUUAGCCACGACUUCUGGUCUACAGAGAUCAACCAGCUGAUCGCUGGGGUGGAUUUCUGUCCGGUUCUGCAGGUGUUCUUUCCUUUCAGCAUUCAGUUGUACCCAAAUGAGUUUCCAGGCAGUGACCCCAGAGAUUGCCCCAGAGACCUGCAGAAGAAUGCAGCUUUGAAAUUGGGGUGCAUUAAUGCUGAGUAUCCCGACUCCUUUGGUCAUUAUAGAGAGGCCAAAUUCUCCCAAACCAAACAUCAUUGGUGGUGGAAGCUGCAUUUUGUAUGGGAAAGGGUCAAAGUUCUUCGAGAUUAUACUGGCCUUAUAGUUUUCCUAGAAGAAGAUCACUACGUAGCCCCAGACUUUUACCAUGUCAUCAAAAAGAUGUGGAAAUUGAGACAGCAAGAGUGUCCGGAGUGUGACGUUCUCUCACUGGGGACCUAUACUGCUAGUCGUAGUUUCCACGGCAUUGCUGACAAGGUAGAUGUAAAAACUUGGAAAUCCACAGAGCACAAUAUGGGUUUAGCCUUGACCCGGGAGGUGUAUCAGCAGCUGAUUGAGUGCACAGACACUUUCUGUACUUAUGAUGAUUAUAACUGGGACUGGACUCUUCAGUAUUUGACUGUAUCUUGUCUUCCAAAAUACUGGAAAGUGCUGGUUCCUCAAGCUCCCAGGAUCUUUCAUGCUGGAGACUGCGGUAUGCAUCACAAGAAAACAUGUAGGCCAUCCACCCAGAGUGCCCAGAUCGAGUCGCUCUUAAAUAGUAAUAAGCAGUACAUGUUUCCAGAAACUCUGCUGAUCAGUGAGAAGUUUAAUAUGGUAGCCAUUACUCCACCUAGGAAAAAUGGAGGGUGGGGAGACAUUAGGGACCAUGAACUCUGUAAAAGUUAUAGAAGACUGCAGUGAAAAAAAAAUUUCAGAAGCAAAAGUGACAGUCUUCUAUUUUUGAUAUUUGUCUCAACAGGAUAUACAAUUGAGUAAUAAAAAGGUUUAGGAACUGGUUUCUGCUUUAAUGCAAAAAUCUUUUUCUUGUAAAAGGUGUCCAAAUAUAUAGUAAUCUUUUCAGUUAUGUCUGGUUAAGAUUUAAAAGAAGUUUUCAUUUUGGGAGUUGGGUUUUGAAGUUCAGACCGUCUGCUAAAGGUCAUGAUUAUUGGCAUUUCAUAGGAGAGAUAAGGAAAAGUUUUAAGUUGCAUCUUAGUCUUUUUAUCUAAAAUUUUGUACACUUUUCCACUUUCAAAACAUAUUUUAAGUACAGCAGAAUUUAAAACUCAUAGCAGUAAAAAGUAUUACAAUGAAAUUAAUAGAGUAUUAAUGGAACAAGUCCAAUUUCACUGACAUGGUUAUUAGCAAGGAAUUGCUUCAGUGGUUUAAGAACUCAAAGGUUAAGUCUGUUAAAACACCCUCAGAGCAGUCAUUUUCAGUAUUAUGGAUUCUUGAACUGUUGUGUUAAGAUUUGCCUGUGCUUUGAAAACUUCAUAGAACACUUUCUUUUGGAAUGUAUUUGAUAAGAAAUUUUAAAUAUUGUUUUCACCUCAAUGUAGAAACAGUGUUUUUUUUUUUCUUUUAGUGCUACCAAAAUAAAAUACUCAUUUUUGCAUAAAAA